ACAAUCUCUUGUUCUGCAGAGGGAGGGAGGGAGAGAGGAGGCAGCAGCAGGGGACACACACACACACACACACACACGCACCCACACACAGAGGGGCAGGGAUGUGAAGAGGGUGCUCAUGCACGCGCGCGCACACACACACACACGCGCACACCUCCUGAUUCAGCGGAACAGAUUUAUUCGUCACCUCUCCCUGCAGCAGACUCACGAGGCGCGCGCCUGCUGCAAAACACCAGGCAAUCCCCACACAAACCCUGCAGCGUGCACCUGCCCCGGCCCUCCUCAUCCCACCACCACCACCACCACCCGUCUGUCUGAGUGGAUUAACGGCUCUGGUGCAACCCGGACUGCGGCUCACACAGACGCAGGAGCUGGAGGAGCUGGAGACGCACCGGGAGUGAUGGGAGAGCCGAAAAGCGACGACUGCAUUGAGGAUGCGCCCAUUGAGGAGCUGCGGGACAAAUAGAUAGAGGAACAGCCAGAGCUCUUUAUUUCUGCAUCUCUGAUUAAAAAAAACAAAAACAACCUACAGCUCCGUCCAUCCCUGCUGCAGGGAGAUGUCCAUCACUAUGGGAUAGAUGCACAGAAAAAAGCCAGUCCUGCCCGUUGCCAUGGAUACCAGCACGCGAAAAUUCACAGUGCGGAGGUGGUUCUCCAUCUACCUGAAGAACAAGGCGGCGAGGAGCAAGAACAACACCGGCUUCUGUCAGCUGGAGGAUGAAAGCAUACUGAAGGAGAUUGACAUCAGCCACCACGUUAAGGAGGGCUGUGAGAAAGCAGACCCUUCUCAGUUCCAGCUGCUCAAAGUGCUGGGGCAGGGCUCCUAUGGAAAGGUGUUUCUGGUGAGAAAGAUCCGAGGGGUGGACAGAGGACAGCUCUAUGCCAUGAAGGUCCUGAAGAAAGCCACGCUGAAAGUCCGGGAUCGUGUGCGGUCUAAAAUGGAGAGAGACAUUCUGGCAGAAGUGAACCAUCCAUUUAUAGUGAAACUGCACUACGCCUUCCAGACAGAAGGGAAGCUCUAUCUGAUCCUGGACUUCCUGCGAGGAGGAGACCUUUUCACUCGUCUGUCGAAGGAGGUCAUGUUUACAGAAGAGGAUGUGAAGUUCUACCUUGCAGAGUUGGCCCUGGCCUUGGACCAUCUACACAGUCUGGGCAUCAUCUACAGGGACCUCAAGCCUGAGAAUAUUCUGCUGGAUGAAGAAGGACAUAUUAAGAUAACGGACUUUGGAUUGAGUAAGGAAGCCAUCGACCAUGAUAAAAGAGCGUAUUCCUUCUGUGGAACAAUAGAGUACAUGGCUCCAGAGGUUGUAAACAGGAGGGGACACACGCAAAGUGCUGACUGGUGGUCAUUUGGGGUGCUCAUGUUUGAGAUGUUGACAGGAUCGUUACCAUUCCAGGGAAAAGAUCGAAAAGAAACAAUGGCAUUUAUUCUGAAGGCUAAGCUGGGAAUGCCACAGUUCCUCAGUCCUGAGGUGCAGAGUUUAUUAAGAGCGCUCUUUAAGAGGAACCCUGCUAAUCGACUAGGUGCGGGACCAGAUGGAGUGGAAGAAAUAAAAAGACAUCGCUUCUUUGCGUCAAUAGACUGGAUUAAGUUGUUCAAGAGGGAAAUGAGGCCUCCUUUCAAACCAACUGUCGGGAGACCUGAGGACACUUUUCAUUUUGACCCCGAGUUCACCUCCAGAACACCAACUGAUUCUCCGGGCAUCGCUCCCAGUGGGAACACACACCAGCUCUUUCGCGGUUUCAGCUUUGUGGCAACGAAUCAAAAUCAGGAGGCCAGUGUUGCUCCAGUGGCGACUUCUCGUCAGGAGGUCACCAACAUGGACCCCAUCGCACAGGUAACUGUGUCUCAUCUCCGUGGUGACGUAGCGUUCAGUGAGGUUUACGAGCUGAAGGAAGAAGUCGGACAGACUGCGACCUCUGUCUGCAAAAGGUGUCUGCACAGAGUUACUGCUGUGGAGUAUUCAGUGAAGAUAUUUGAAAAAACGAGGAAAGAUCCAUCAGAGGAGAUUGAGAUUCUGUUGAGAUAUGGACAGCAUUCAAAUAUUAUCACCCUGAAGGAUGUGUUUGAUGAUGGUCAGAGUGUUUUCCUGGUCCAGGAUUUACUGAGAGGCAAAGAGCUGCUGGACAGAGUUCUGACGGUGCCAAGUUUCACAGAGAGAGAUGCAUCAGACAUCGUCUGCACGCUGGCCAAGACUGUGGAAUAUUUACACUCACUGGGGGUUGUGCAUCGAGACCUGAAGCCCAGUAACAUCCGCUACUCCGACGACAGCGGACGUCCAGAAUGCAUCAGGAUCUGUGAUUUUGGAUUUGCCAAACAGCUCCGAGCUGAAAAUGGCUUGUUGAUGACGCCGUGUUACACGGCUACAUUCAUGGCUCCUGAGGUUCUGAAGAAACAGGGUUAUGAUGCAGCCUGUGACAUCUGGAGUAUGGGGAUCCUGCUUUACACCAUGAUAGCUGGGUUCAGCCCGUUUGCCAGCAGCCCUGAGGACACAGCAGAGGAGAUUCUGGCUCAAAUCGGCAGCGGGAAAGUCACCAUCACAGGAGGGAACUGGGACCUGGUGUCAGAUGCUGCCAAGGACAUUGUGAUUAAGAUGCUCCAUGUGGAUCCUCACCAGCGCCUGACUGCUCCCCAGGUUCUUCGUCACCCCUGGGUUGUAGAGAGAGACCAGCUCUCUGACAGAGGUCUCACCAGACAAGAUGCAGUCACCGUCAAGGGGGCGCUGUCGGCCACCUACUCUGCUCUGAAACGCUGCACUCCCACUCCCGUCCUGGAGCCCGUUCAGGCCUCCAGCCUGGCCCAGAGGAGAGUGAUGAGGAAAGUGGGGAGUCCGGAAAUUAGUUCAGACCCUAAAGGCGAGGAGUAACUCCAAGGAGAUGAACUGUAGGCCCAAAACAUGAGAGAAGAUCUACUCUUAUUUUGAAAAGCACAAACCUUGUGAGGGCAUGCUCAUGGGCCGAUAACCUGAAUGUAGCUGAUCAGAGAAACGAGGAUAUUCAACACGUGCGAGAGCUACCAGAGACAUGGUGGCAGGUUUUUAAAUAAACAUUAGGAACUAAACCCAAUUUACUAGCCUCGACAUUAAGAUCUGUUCACUUUAGUUCACAUCAAUUUUAAAUCUUAAAAUUUUAAAUAUGAUACUCUGCGAUCUAAGAUCCAUCACAUGCAUCUGCACAGAGAACAUGAUACAUAUAUAUAUAUAUAUAUAUAUAUAUAUAAUAUUGACCUUGCCCUCCAGACUUUUCUAUCGUCUGAUCAUCGUAUAAAAUGACCAUGGAUUUCUAUCCAUAUUUACCUGUAUUUUAUUCAUACAUGUCAGAAUAAAAUUACGCUAUAGUGCAAUAUAUACGGAUGCACUGUUACCUGCCUUGAUCCAGCUGGAAAAAUGUCCACCACAAUCAGAGAUCACCAGUUUUCUAUGCCACACAACAACAUGCCAAAUAAGUUUCCAUGUUCAGCACAUACAUGUACGUCAGCCGGAGGUCAUGGACAGAUAAACGUUAACGCCAUCUUCCAGCAUCAUGACUCUCAAGGUUUUUUGUCCUAUCAGUCUUCUUAAAUCUGCAGUUAUGCAUGUUACAGGCGUUAAUAUUCUACCAAAGGGAGUUGUAACAAUACCAUUGAAGUCUUACUGUUCAUAAUAAGCGUAAUAAUUUCACUGUAUCUUCCAAGAAAUGCAGCCUUUGCCUCUUGUAAAAAAAAUAUGAUGUUUAAUGUGUCACUGCUGCACUUCCCAGUCCAGGUGGAGCAGUCACGUGUUGUGGUGUCAACACUUAGUUUGUCGUGCGUUUUCAUAACAUAUUCGAGACGUCAUUUGGCUUCAGAGUUGUCAUAAAUCUGGAGAGCAGAAGCUAAACUCUUCGGCCUGUGCUACUUUGUAUUAUUUCAGUGAGAUAGUUCAUCAUUCUGUGUGUGUGUGUGUGUGCGUGUAUGUUCAGCAGCCGGUUGGCUCCUGUGUGCUGUUAGUGUCUGAAAGCCAAAACGUUUGUGUCAGAGGUAUGUAUGAGCUGUCUAUUGCUGCUGCCCCCGAUUGUAACUAAUGAGCUGUACGAUCACAAAUACGAGGUAAGACUGAGCGGCGCGGUUUGCAGACGGGAGUUGGCGCACCUGUGUGUUGGUCCAGUAGCAGUGUUGUACAGUUUACUAGUAGGAAUCUAGAUCAUGCCGCCCCACAGUUAAUAAGCAUACUUACCAGUCGGAGGCGAAACAAAAUAUAUUGUGUGUAACCAAUAAGCACUGUAGCGGCAAUACAGCAUUUUCUGUACAUAUAUUAUUUCCUGAUAGACAAACUGUAUGUGUUGUGUUGCACUGCUCGACUGCGUGAGGUGGAGCCGGGGCUGAUGCAACUAUGAGUAUGCAGACAAAGCUGUACAUAGUGUGUCGUCGAGGUAAAGCUGUAAAUACUGUACUGUUGAAUUAUUUUAAGAGGUAAAUAGGUUGCGAUCGUGUAAAUAUACUGUUCUGCACAAGCAUCAGCAAACACUAACACUGUACAUAUUGUGUUUGCGGAUAUAUUAAUGGUACAUGCAGCGUAAUACUGUGAUGUGCAUCCAUUGCUCAGAGUGUACAUACUGUCUAUACCCGGCCAAUCUAUUAAAUAAUUGGCUGGAAUGCCAAAGUUUUACAAAUAAAGGAAAAGGACAGAAAAGCA